AUGAGGAAUCUGCGGUUUAGCGCCGUCCUCGCACUUAUUUCAGCCAUUUCGGUAGUCGUCAUUGCACAAAGUGAGCUUUUUUUUCCAAACUUUGAAGCCUAAAAGAGUUCUGACGGAAAAUUGCUGCCAAAAGUGUCAUUGUGACGGCAUUCGAGUGCAAGCGCGCUCUACCGCAAUCCCCUGAAUUCACGUGGUGUGCGGUAGAGCGCGAUUGCCGUCAAAUGCACCGUUUGAAUAAUAUAAAUGUUUGCAAUAUGAUUACUUGUCAUUCAGAAAAGUUCUACACUUUUUUUUAGGAUCCCAGCAGUCGGUGAUCGCGGAUCUCGGAAAGUUGAUCGUGGAUAACUGUCCGCCUAUGCUGUGCACUGGAUUGGAUUGUGCGGUUGUCACCGAGCGAAAUGGAUGUCAGGUACGCGAAAAUUCCAAUUCAAAACUUGAUUUAGCCGUAGAAACCGAGUACUGUAGUAUAAGAGUCUAUUCAAAACGAUGUAUCUCAGCCGCCAGAGAAGAUAUCAAAAAGUUGUCAACUGGAAAAAUGUGCACAAUUUUAUAAUGAACAAUUCAUUAGUUGACUACUUUUUGAUAUCUCUACGGACCACUGAGAUACAUCAGUUUGAAUGGACGGUAUUCGAGUGCCCUUCUAUUACAGUACUUACGGAAGGCUAAUGUAGGCUUUUUAAGAGGGUUAGGCUCUUUUUUAUGUGGAUUUUUUCCUAAACUAAAUAUUAUCCAAAGAAACGAACCCGUUCUAUCCCAUUUUCCUCCAUAAAAUCGUUCGAAAUCCGACACUCUUUCCAUUUUUCCGCAGUUGUUAAAAGAACAGGUUCUUUUUGGCGGGGCAUGGUCACACAGAGCGAAUUCGAACGAAACAAAAGAGUAAAAGUGGAACACUGUUUGAAUGGAUUCGAAUCGGCGCUGAUUCGAAUGAAGAUCAAGAUUGGAAUCGAUGAGAAAAUCCCUGAAAUCGUUUUGAAUGCAUGCAUUUUUUUCCUUCAUCUUUCGACACUUAUAUCUCGAGAGCCAUCGAUUAUUUCAAAAAGCUGUUAACUGUAAAGUUGUUGCAAAUUUUGUGCCAAACAACUUUGUAAUUGAUCAUUUUACUCUAAAACCCGUCAUUCUUGAGUCAUGGCCCAGUUUCCUACCAAGACGUGUUGUUGCAGCUGUGCGCGUGCCCGAUCGGAUCGCCAUCCCGCGGUUGCGACCCGAUGCCGUUCAUUCUUUGGCAUGAUCUGAUCGUGAACGGAUGCCCGAACGUGACCCUCAACAGCCGCGAUCCGGCGCAGAAAGUGCACCGUUGGUUCCGUCGCGUCAACCGAUUCACAAACACUGAUCAGUGCGAGCCGUACAUCUUCCCCUACUGUCCGGAACUCGAUUUUAACCUUUGGAGAUCUCCAAGAACGAAACAGGUAUGCCAGUUAUUAAUGGGGUUAUUCAGGCUGUGAAAAAAAUGAUUGUUUUCCGUUUUUUUCGUUUUUUUACGUCAAAAAAUCCAAUUCAGCGGUGUAAAAAAACGAAAAAAAAAGCGGAAAACAAACAUACGCUGAAUAGCGCCAUAAUUAACUUUUUGUUUGCCUCAAAAGUUGCACCAAAAUCCGUCGAACUUUGCUCACUCGCGCACAAAACAUAGUGGGAGGCGGAACCCGCGAGACGUCGGCGGCGGCCGCAAAAGACCCGCACGUGACGCGCGAGCGGCCUCAGCUUUGCGCUGGGGCGAUAACGUGACCAAUGAGGCUUUGCCGAGGUGCGUUUAUUGCUGGUUGAAAACUUUUCCCAAUUGCCCGCGAUGGCCCCUGAAAUACGGGUGCCGUACGCAAUUUUUGAACGCCUCGCGGAGGCAGACGAUAUUGAAAGUAACGCAUCGCCUCUAAUUUUUGCAGGAAUGCGAGCUCUACUGCUAUUCGAUCGACGAGCAGCGAAAGCGAGGAAUCAUCUAA